UGUCAUUCAGGACCAGCCCGCUGGACGCAACAGCAGCGGCGGAGAUCCGUCACUCUCACCCCGACACAGACGAGUCGAGCAGCAGGCGAACACAGUAACAUUUCGGGGUGAAUGACGUCGGUGGACAUGUGUAAUAAGCUGCAUUGGACACGGAGGACCCACCUGGCUGCCAGCCUAUCACCUGACAGCUGUCACCGCACCUAGCUGCCGAGCUAGCUCGCUAGGUGAGCUCGCGGCUAGCGAGUGUCUCUUCGGGCUCAUUGCUAAGCAAGUGCUGCUCUCGGUUCAACGUGGACAGCGGCUACUUCCGCGUGAACUGACUGCCGUAUUCUCUUCUCAACGACAUUGGACUCUGACUGCUGUUCCCACCAUGAGUUAGCCGAGCAGGUGCCGACCGAGCGGGGGAAUUUUUGAGAAGCAGCUCGUUAGCUCGCAUUUAGCUUGACGCUAGCUGGCCGCGUUCAUUCAAUUAACCGCUCUCUUAAAAAACGUCUGCAGCCUUAAAACCAGCGCCUCGACGAGCGGCCGGGGACUGGCUGGAUCACGGGUCUCGUUACGAUCCGUGUACAUUUUGGACUUUGGCCGUGCUUUGGAUAGCAACCGAGAGGGGAAAUGAAGAAAUUCUUUGAUUCUCGCCGGGAGUUGGUGAGCUCUGGGCCCGGAGCCGGAGCCGGAGCCGGGGGAGGAGGCGCUGGUUCCGGCGGCGAGGACAGCUUCAUCGGACGGAUCUUCACCAUCGGACGAUAUCAAGUGACGGUCGAGGAAAUUAUCGCCGAAGGAGGUUUUGCCAUCGUCUUUUUGGUACGGACUCAUCAAGGCGUACGUUGUGCACUCAAAAGGAUGUAUGUCAACAACGAACAUGAUUUACUAGUCUGCCAACUUGAGAUUCAGAUAAUGAGGGACCUGGUGGGCAACAAAAACAUAGUUGGUUUUCUGGACUCCAGCAUAACUGCAGUCGGAGCUGGUGAUGUGUGGGAAGUCCUAAUCUUAAUGGACUUCUGUCGAGGUGGGCAGGUGGUUAACCUAAUGAACCAGCGGUUGCAGACGGGCUUCACUGAAGCCGAGGUGUUGCAGAUCUUUUGCGACACGUGCGAGGCAGUCGCCUGUUUCCACCAGUGCAAGUCUCCAAUCGUCCAUCGAGAUCUCAAGGUGGAAAAUAUUCUUCUCCACGACCGGGGACACUACGUGCUCUGUGACUUUGGAAGCGCCACCAACCGCUUCCAAAACCCUCAGACAGAUGGGAUUGCAGAUGUGGAAGAGGAAAUAAAAAAGUACACUACUCUAUCAUACCGCGCUCCAGAGAUGGUCAACCUCUAUGGUGGAAUGAUUAUCACAACAAAGGCCGACAUUUGGGCCAUGGGUUGUCUACUCUAUAAGCUGUGCUACUUCACGCUUCCUUUUGGGGAGAGCCAAGUCGCUAUCUGCGAUGGAAGUUUCACUAUCCCAGACAACUCCCGCUACUCCCAGGACAUGCACUGUCUCAUCAGGUACAUGCUGGAACCUGACUCAGAUAAGAGACCAGACAUCUACCAAAUAUCCCACUUUGCCUUUAAACUGGCGCGACGAGAUUGUCCAGUCCCAAAUGAGCACAAUUCAUCUAUUCCUGCAAAACUUCCCGAGCCCAUCAGAGCCAGUGAAGCAGUGGCCAAAAAGAGUCAAACCAAAGCCAGGAUCACAGACCCCGUUCCAACCUUGGAAACCUCAAUUGCACCUCGCCAACGACCCAAGGCCGGCCAGGCUCAGCCCCAGCCGAUAUCAGGCAUUCUUCCAAUCCAGCCAGCUCUCACUCCACGCAAGAGACCCAAUGUGGCUGUUGGAGCACCACAGGCAAUAGGUGUCGGCAUCAGUGUCCCAGCGGCAGCUGCUUUCCAAGCUGCUCAACAGGCUCCUGCUGCAGCGCAUCCAGCUCAGACAGCCAGCAUGCAGCCACAGGCCACAACACAGCAUCAGCAGCUCGUCACGAAGCAGCAGCAGCAGCAGCAAGCCUCGGCCUACUUAAGCCCACAGAGCAACCAGCAGCAUCAACUGGAACAGAGCCUCUUCCAGCAUCAGCAACAACUACAAAAAGCGUCUCAGGCGUGUACGGUGCUGCAGUCCAAACAUACAAUUGUCCCUCCAGUUAUUGCCCUGCAACACCAGCAGCAUGUAGCACCUGUCCAUGAAACGGCAGCUUCUCAUCUCACCUCCAUCCCUGAGUCUGCAGUCAGCCCUGCAGCUGACCCAGAGACUGCUGGUCGAGUGAUUCACAGAGUCGGCUCCUUGACACCCCCCUCGUCGCCAAAGAUGGCCCCGAAAAGCGGCCACAGGCGCAUACUGAGCGAUGUCACUCACAGUGCCGUGUUUGGGGUCCCAGUCAGCAAGUCCACCCAGCUUCUCCAGGCGGCCGCAGCUGAGGCGAGCCUCAACAAGUCCAAAUCCGCCAGCACAACUCCAUCUGGCUCCCCCUGCUCGUCCCAGCAGAGUGUGUAUCAUCCAGGUGAGGCUGACGCCCUAUCGGCGCUCGCUGCACCCACCACCCAGCCAAGCUGGAACCCCUUUGGGGAUGAUAACUUCUCCAAACUAACAGCAGAGGAGCUCCUUAACAAAGACUUUGCAAAGCUAGCUGAGAAUGCUGCACCGGGAGAGAAGGUCACGGGUUCCAGUGAAAAUCUCAUUCCAGGGCUCAUUGCUUUUCCAGCUGAAAGAUCUGCAGACACCAUCAGUGCAGGUUCAGCGUUGUUGACCCUCCCGGACCCUCUUAAAACCCUCCCCCGCUCUGACACCACAGAGAAGCUGAUUGAGGGACUGAAGUCUCCGGAACCUUCUCUGCUGCUCCCUGGCCUCUUAGCCCUGGCCAACCCCUUCAGUAGUGCUGCAGAGAGCUCCAUCAAUGUGAAGGCAGAGAUGUGUGUGGAUUCACUGAUUCCUGGCUUGGAAGCCCCCCAGGCCCAGCGACUCUCAGGCCAGCCAGAGCUCAUCCCUCCCAGCAUGCCAGACUCUCUCACUGGGGAUGACUCGCUGCUGGGUUGCAAUCUUCUAUCUCUUACUCCUCAUGGAAACCAGUCUGUUUCUGCUCUCCUUUCCACCUCUGCUCAUCCUGGCUCCGGCUCUGGAUCCUGUCUGGAGGAGCUGCUGCCUGGUCAGACAGCUUCCGACUCUGCUUUCCUCAUGUCGUGCGGGGAGAAGGUCAAUGAAGACGAGUUUGACCCUAUUCCUGUGCUCAUCUCCAAAAACUCAAAUCAAGAUGGUCACGGGCAGAGUAAUGGCUACUCUGUGCUCGGAGGCGGACAGGAGGCCGACCCUCCACAGGGAGAUUCUCAAGCAAAUGAGGAAUGUGUUCACUCCAGUGAUGAAGAAGAAGAGGAGGAGGAGGAUGAAGAAGAAGAGGAGGAGGAGGAGGAAGAAGCCCAUAGAGACGAGCAGCGGGACGAGGGAGCCGUCGAGGGUCACGCGGCGGGGCGAGACGACAGCGGCUCCAGGCCUCUGCUGCUCGACUCUGAGGAUGAAGAAGAGCAAGAUGCGGCGCUCCAGUCGUCGCCAAUGCAACCCUCUUCUACUCUCCACCCACCUCCUCCGAGCAGCUUCGCUCCGAAUCACUCCCAGCACGUCCACGAGCCGGCCAAAGGGGCCGACGUGUUCUCCAAAGCUCCCUUUCGCAGUGCGCAAGAAGAAGAAGAAGAAGCAGCCGCCGCCGCCGACGUGUUCUCCAACGCCCCGUUUCCACGCGCGCCCCUCGCAGCGCCGCAGCAGUUUGACGUUUUCUCUCAGGCUCCCUUCGGAAAAAGAAAGGAGGCUCUCGGAGCCCGGCACUCGUAUCCUCACGCCGCCGCAGCCGACCAAGGCGCGUUGGGAGAAGUGGCCCAGCAACCUUUCCGCCCGCAAGCUCUGGCCAAAUACUCGCGACACUUUGAGGGCCCCGUGCCCCAGCAGCCCGUCGCCGCUCACCGAGUCGUGUCGAACGUGAACAGGCAAGCCGCCGUGGCGUCGGUCCCCGUCGGACCGCUUCACUCGUGGACCUCGGAAGUGAGCGCCGUCGACCCCUUUGUCUCCGCCCCCUUUCACCUCAAGGCCCCACAAGAAAAGCCCUGAACGCACACUCGGCGUUCGGGGGCGGCGGGUCUCGGCACUCAUCACUGAAUUAUGCAAACUCCGACAGGCGGACUGCAUGCCGUCACCAGCGCUGCAGCUGGACUGCAGGCCUGCAUGGAUCUCAUUAUUGGCUCCUUGCAAGGUCAUCUUUACACUUGAAUGCUAAAAAUCCUCCGAGUAAAAAAAAAAAACCCCAACUGACAUCAUUCUUUGACUCCUGGUUGCUUUUUUUGUUUUUUUUUCCUGUCGCAUCUUUUUACCUUUUGCAUUGUCUUUACUCCUUUUGGUACGUUCAUCUACACAAAGACAACAUGGUGGUCAAGCAUUCGAUUGUUUUAUUGCCUACCUCAGUUACUUUUCCUGUCCGCUCUAAAGCACCACGUGGUGACGGAGUUUUUUUGAUUUUCUGUAUUUAUUUUUUUAGCUUUACCGUCAAACUAUGAUCUGACGACGCCUCAGUCCUCCAUUGUUAGUUUGCAGAAAUGUGCGAUUCAGCUUCAGUCACAAGAUCAUAAAGGGGGAAACGUAAAGAUGCUUCAGAGGCUCGAUGUCAUUACAAACAGCCUUACAAUCAUGCCCUUUAAAGGCCGUAGCUCUGGGCCCUUGUUCUUUAAGCGAUUGUUAUGAGGCAGAUGCUGAAUUCAGAUGCAAAGACAUUUCUAAAGAUGACAUUUGUUGAUUUUUUUUUUUCAUUCAAAAAUGUUUGCAUUCUGUCACAUAUUGUGUUUGUGGUCCCUGUCCUGUCUGAUAGAAAUGAAACAUCAGUGUUUGUUCCAUGUAACGUACAAACUGUUUAAAUGUUAGGCGUAGAAAAUACAUUCUAGUAAUGAAUGUAGAACACACACUUGUCUUUGUUUCUCCUUCCCAAGAUGAGAUCUCUGAAGCCUUACACUUUUACAGUUCGGGAACUCCGACCACAUCAGAAUAAUUCACUUUUGCCUUUCGUGCCCUCCUUUUGACAACUGCUGCAUUUACUUACAUUUAUUGCACACACAUUCAGCAUCAACUAUUUGUGUACACGUUAUUUUUGAUGUCCGCAGUGAGACUUUCAUUCAACCUUGAUGCAGCUCUAUCGUGCGUCUCUGUAAACUCCGACUGUGACUCGCACUUCUGAACGACUUCAGUGAAAACGUUGAACCGCGACUUAAAAAGGAUGCUUUCCUGCAGUCGCACAAAUAUCUGCGGCACUUAUGCAUCGCCGUUCCAGUCGGGGAUCGCAACAGUCGUAUCUUACACGUGAGAUCUUGAAUGGUGACUGAUUGAUGACAUUCCUUUUGAAUUGAAUUCCAUCGCCAUUUGGGAAUAUUUGACUGUCUUUGUGCUCUGUAUAAUCAUGGAACACUCUUUGGUUCCCACCAUGGCACUUUUAAGAAGGGGGAUCCAACCUGUUUCAGCCCAAAGUUGAGUUCAUGUAUUCUUCUGUUGCAAUUUAAAAUCCUGUUCUUUCUUUUCAUAAUGUACAAUCUUUAUUUUAUUUUAUAAAUGCUCACUUUUCUCACCCAACUUGUAUACAUGAAGGUUGCACAUAGUCACUGACAGUCAGGGUUCCCUACGGAGGGGUUUGAUUGUAACGACUGUAUAAUGUAUUUCAGCCAGUGUUGUGUAGGACAUCUUUGGACGAUUCAACAACUGAUGAGACUGUUGGACAAAAAAAAGCACUCAAAAUACUGCACAGCCUGCCUUUUGAAAAGUAUGUUGUAAGUCAUAAAAAAUAAAACUAUUAAAUGAAUGUAAAUCAAA